CGGCGAAACCGGUGGCGCAGCCCGCCUUUAGUUACUCCCACCCAGCCCUCAGGUCUCCCGCCCUCCCGUGCGCCACGCCACUUGCCAGCUUCCACCAUCUCGGAGCUAGCUAGCUAGCUGAGACAUCACGGCCGGAAGCUGCCGUGCUCUCGCCGGCGAGAGAGCAAGUCGGUCGAUUCGAUUCACCACAGGUCGCCGUCACCGGCCAUUGCCGAGAAUUUUCCACCGCGCGCGCGAAGUUUACCGGUGUGGAAAUAAGAGGAUCUGGGUCGAAUCGGGUUGUCAAGGCUUCAGACUUUCUUCCAAGCCGCGUCGAGGCAAAGUGAUUGCUGCAAUUGGCUAAGGAUCCGGCUUCGGGGCAUGGAUGGCUCCCAGUCGCAGGGCGGCGGUGCGCCGCCGCCGUUCCUCAUCAAGACCUACGAGAUGGUGGAGGACCGCUCGACCAACCGCGUCGUCUCCUGGGGCGCCGGCGGCGCCAGCUUCGUCGUCUGGAACCCGCCCGACUUCUCGCGGGACCUGCUGCCAAAGUACUUCAAGCACAACAACUUCUCCAGCUUCAUCAGGCAGCUCAACACCUAUGGUUUUAGAAAAGUCGACCCGGAGCGGUGGGAGUUCGCCAACGAGGAGUUCAUAAGGGGGCACAUGCACCUCCUCAAGAACAUCCAUCGGCGCAAGCCCGUGCACAGCCACUCGCCGCAGAACCAAGUGAACGGGCAACUGGCAGAUGCAGAGAGGCGCGAGUUCGAGGACGAGAUCACCAGGCUCAAGCAGGAGAAGGGCGUGCUUCUGGCAGACCUGCAGAGGCAGGCUCAGCAGCAGUGUGAGAUCACCUGGGUGAUGCAGUCGCUGGAGGAGAGGCUGGCGGCGAUGGAGCAACGUCAGCUCAACAUCGUAGCUUCCGUUCGCGACAUCCUGCAGCGGCAACGGGGCGAUGUUUCAGGGUCUGCUCUGCUGGAAACAGACCAUUUCAGCAAUUGCAAGAAGAGGAGGGUUCCCAAGAUCGAUUUUUUCGCCAAGGAACCCAUGGUGGAGGAACAGCAGGUGCCGUAUCUUCAGACAACCGUUGAUGAAACACCAAGCAUGUUCGCCGUGCGGCCCGUAAAUGCCGAGCCGUUUGAGAAGAUGGAGCUGGCCUUGGCUUCCCUGGAGAGCCUCAUCCAGAGGGCAGGCGACUAUGCAUCUUCGCAAGACAUGUACGGCAGUGUUGCCAGCCCUGCUCUAGCUGUUGGAGAUUUGCAGACAGCAUCAAUGGCGACCAGCGUAGAUCUUCAGCCACCAGCCACUCUGGACCCCUCUUCACCUCCAGGGUUGCUAGAAUCACCAGGUUAUGUCCAGAGCCCAAUGCUACAGUUAGCAGAUAUUCACCAAGAUACCAGCAAGACGAUGACUGAGGUUGAUACCAACUCAGAGGUAAGCACCACUGACACUUCACAAGAUGAGAUCAUGACCGCCGAAACAGGAGUUUCCCAAGAACCAGCUGUGGUAAACGAUCUAUUCUGGGGGAGGUUCCUCACAGAAACUCCGGAAUUUUAUCGUACCCGCUUUGAAAGCUAUGAUGCUGAUUGCAAAACAGAGACAGCUGAACCCAAGGAUGAUGAAACAAUAGGCAUCAACUGCAACUGGUUUAAUCGCCGGGUACAUGUUGAACAGAUCACCGAGCAGAUGGAGCACCUUGCCUCAGAAGAGAAAACCUGAUAGAAUUACCAUUCCCAAUGAUUCAUUGUGCAUAUGUAAACAGUGAUGUACAUUAUAGUUUAGCCUGUCUUGUUUUGUCACUCUGUACAGCUAAAGUAGAAGAAGAUACACUUCUGUAGUCAGUUGCACUGUUUUGUUGUGUGUAUGAUACUCGUUUCUGCUAAAAUCAUGUGUCUAGUCCUUUCUGGUAAA